AUGCAAGCAAAAUAUGUCGACAAACACGAAGAGUUUGUAGACCGUCAUCAUAGAAUGGUUAUCGAUUGGAAAAGAAGGAGGCCAACUGCACCUACGGAAGCAGACCCCUCUGAACAUUCGGAAAAUUCGGAUGGAGAGGAGACAACUCCGGCAACAGCAGGAAACGUUGCGCAAGCAACAGGUGUACAAGCAGCCAAUACAGUUGCACUGCAACAACAGCAAAACAUCAUGAGCAUUGCUCAUCUGCUACCAAGAAUUGAAUUAGCCAAAUUUGAAGGGGAUUCAAACAAAUGGAGAGAUUGGUGGGCGAUUUUUCGAACACUUAUCCACGAAAAUCCAUCACUACGACCCAUCGAAAAAUUCAGCAGAUUGAAGAUGCACAUGAGCGAAGACGCUGCUGGUGCAAUUUCAUACCUGGACUUAACAGAAGAAAAUUACACCAAGGCAAUCGACAUUUUAAAUGGGAAAUACAACAGGCCGAGAUCAGCAAGAGCAGACCACUACAUCGCAAUUACGGAAUUGCCUAGGGUAGAUCGAGUAGAAGACUACAAGGCAAUGAGGAAGUUGCACGACAGAGCAAUGGGUCACGCCUUGAAUCUUGGCGACUUAGAAAAGAAUUCUGCACAAAAUGAAGCAAUUUCAGAGAUAAUUACAAGAAAACUACCUCUUGAAUUAGUUUCAAGAUGGCAUGGGGAAACAAGAAGAUCCCGUAAAACGUUAAAAGAUCUCUUUACCUUCAUCGACAGUGUAGCAGAAGAUUGGGAAUAUGCGUUCUCGACUGAAAAGAACGAGAAGAAAAAACCUAAGCAAGAGGCUACUGAAAAAGCAAAUCGAGUUACAUUUGCAUCCACACCAACGGCAGCGGAAUUAGCAGUGACAGGAACUGCAACAAUACAUCCGAAAGAUCGAAAAGAGAAGACCUCAACAACAAUAAAAAGACCAUGUUUGUUCUGCAAAGACAAACACCCCACGUACAAAUGCGAAGUCGCAAUAGAGAAGAAACUAGAGCAAGUUCGGAAGGAGAAAAGGUGUUGGAGGUGCCUCGGACAGAGUCACCAAGUGAGAGCCUGUUGGAAGACAAGCAAUUGCGCCAAAUGUGGCAAGGGUCACCAUACAGCCAUCUGUAAUCAGACAGUUCGGGCGAAAACAGUGACAGCUACGGUAGCAGCGUCCCCAAUGUUAAAGGCAGCAGAUGACGCUCCACUCUCAAUAGAAGCACGCCUAUUCGGUGGCGUGUACGUCCAAACAGCAACUGUUAUAGUGGAAGGGCCAAACGGUUGGCACAAAGCUAUAGCGUACAUUGAUCAAGGAUCGAAUGCAACACUGAUUCGAAGCGAACUCGCUCAAACUCUAGGACUUCAGGAAGUGGGAAAAAUCAAAUUGAAACUUCAGGCAGUGGGUCAUCUACACCCAGAAAAGGAACGAAGUGUAAGAAAGUUACGACUACGCGGGAUAAUUCCGGAUGCCGAAUCAAUUGAUUUAGAGGCGAUUGAGCAACCCGAAAUAGGAAAGGUUGCUGGAUCGACAAAGACCGAAUUCGUCAGUGAACUCUGGAACCAAGGUUACAAGUUGGCUGAUGAUAGAAUUUUGAGCGGGACAGCAGGACCUUGCCAAAUAGACAUUUUGAUUGGAGCCAAUCAAGUCUGGAAGGUACUAGGCUCAAAACAGAUCGUUUCGAAGACUGGAAUUAGAGCCAUCGAAAGCAAAUUGGGUUGGUUACUACUUGGGCAGGAUGAGACAGUUGCGAUUUCAACCACUACGGCGAUCGGCUUCCUCCUAAAGGCAAAAGAAGGAACACCACAAUACCCAAUGCAAGGCCCGAAUUCGAACAGAAACGAUGAAAUUGAAUUUGCGAAGUGGUGGAAAUUAGAAAGUCUAGAUCCACUAGAAAAUGUGCCACUUUCGGAUCGCUGGAAAUCUUAUACAGACUCCAUCAAACAAGACGAAGAUGGACAUUAUGUCGCACCGCUCCCAUGGAAUGAAAACAAACAAGGAGUGAGCAAGAAUGACGCCAUGGCAGAAGGUCAGGCAAGAGCGCUGAUGAAAAGGAUGGAGAAGGAUAACGAGAUGAAGACUUCAUACGAAGCUGAGUUCAGAAAACUGAAAGAACUUAGAUUCAUCUCUAAAGCAGACACCAAUUUUAAGGGUAUCUACACGAUUCUACCCCAUCACCCAGUUCUCCGUAAAGACAAAAUCACCAGCAAAGUGAGACCUGUUUUCAAUGGUUCUGCGAAGCCGAAAACAGGAUUCAGCGCCAACGACUGUCUCGAAGAAGGACCCAAUCUGAAUCCUGACAUGCUUGAUGUUAUCCUGACGUUUAGGCUAAAUCCAAUUGCCUGGACAGCUGAUAUCCGACAAGCAUUUUUAAUGGUAAAAUUGCUAAACGAGGACGCGGAAGCGUUAAGGUUCCUUUUAGAAGACGAAAACGUCCCAGGAACGCUGCAGACCUACAAAUGGAAUAGACUACCAUUUGGGCUAACAUGUAGCCCGGCAGUGCUCAGGACCGUCCUAAAGAAACACCUCGAGUCAUACAAAGGCGAACUAGCAGUAAGCAGUCGCCAAAUGUUACGGCAUCUAUAUGUAGACGACUACUUGUCAAAUGCGCCUACAUUAGAAGCAGCAAAGACCCUGCGAGAGUAUCUACAACAGAGCAAUUUGACAGACGACUCAUCCGAUUCGUACUCGUGUCUUAAUUUAGACCCACAAAAGGUACUAGGAGUGAGGUGGAAUACCAGCACAGAUUGCUUCUAUUUCAAGUCUGACGUAAUCGUAGAUGCAGCCGCAAAAGUAAAAGUGCUAACAAAAAGAUCGUUUGCUAAAAUCUCGACCAAGCUUUUCGACCCCCUUGGAUUCAUUGGACCCAUAACACUACAGUUCAAGCUACUCUUCCAGGAAUUGUGGGAAGAAAAAAUCGGAUGGGAUGACAAUGUGAAUUCACAAACGGAGAGUCGAUUCAGAGCUAUAGUGGAAGAUUUGAAAGGUAUAGACAGAAUCCAAAUACCUCGCAUGAUCUCAACAGCACCGACAGAUGUAAUUCAAGAAUUACAUGUAUUCUGCGACGCUUCAACAAAAGCGUACGGAGCUGUAGCAUACGCCAAGUCAAGAAAUCCUGGAUUCAUCCGACUUGUUUGCUGUAAAACUAGGGCAGCACCACUCCCGAAAAACGAAGUUUCACUACCAAGGCUAGAACUGCUUAGCGCCGAACUCGGCAGUGUCUUAGCUGAACGAAUCGUAAACGCAAUUGACAAAGUGAAGUGGGAAGUGACACUAUGGACUGACUCUAUGGCAGCAUUAGGUUGGAUCAAAGGAGAUCCAGGGCGAUGGAAACUAUUCGUACGGAAUAGAGUAGAAACAAUUCAGAAGAGAGUCAAACCAGAACACUGGAAACACUGUCCUGGAAAAGACAACCCAGCGGAUUUCGCAUCUCGAAGUUGCUCCGUCAAGAAGUUGACAGAGGCUUUUUCCUGGUGGGGAGGUCCCUCCUGGCUGAAACAAGAAUCGUCUGAAUGGCCUCAGCAAGACAACCCAACUUCGGAUGACCUACAAUUAAUGGAAGUCGAAAUGAAAUCCAAACAGAGAAUGCAAAUUCUAGCAGUUUUCAACAUGCCAGAUUGGUUGGAUUCACUGGUUUUGAGAGUAAGCAGUUAUCUGCGAUUACUGAGAACAAUAGCCUGGAUGUACAGACUCAUGAAGAAGUUACCGUCCGGUAAGGCAAUAGAAACAGUCGGAGUAGCAGAAAUUCAUUGCCUCUCUGUCUGCGAAAUCAGCACCGCCGAGAACUUCAUUCUAAGAACUAUUCAACAGAAAGCAUUCCCAGAAAUUUAUGGAUCCCUUAAAGAAGGAAAAUCCAAAAAGAAACUGCUACACGAUCUCGACACAUUACGACCAAUUUGGGACGAAAAACAACAACUGAUACGAGUGACAGGUAGAGUAGGUCCAGCCUUAAGAGACCUACUUAUUGAACCGCCGAUACUUCUCCCUGCAAAUGAGAGAAUAGUCGACUUGCUGAUCCACCAUCAUCAUGUCAAACGGAAACCCACCGGUGUUCAAUCAACAUUAACCUAUCUCCGUAAUCGGUUCUGGAUUAUUUGUGCUCGACAACGCAUCAAGAGUGUCAUCAAGCAUUGUGGAAAAUGCCAACGAGCUCAAUCGCGCCCUUUCGACGAAGAAGCCGCUUCCAUGCAUUUGGAUCGUACCAAGAAGGCACAGCCAUUCGAAAUCAUUGGAAUUGAUUAUUUCGGGCCGAUGUACGUUUUGGAAGAGGUCCUUUUGAUUGAGAAAGACAAGGAAGGGAACGAUGUCGAGAAAACUCGGGUUGGUGAAAAAAAGGUGCACGCGUGUUUAUUCACUUGUGCCGUCACAAGAGCUGUACAUCUUGAGCUCGUGACAGACCUUACCACGAAAACGUUCAUGCUCGCUCUACGCAGAAUGAUGUCCAGAAGAGAAGAUUGUAAGACAAUCUAUAGCGAUAACGCAGCAACAUUCACAUGCGCCGCUAAACUUGUAACAGAAGACCCUACUUAA